UGACUACAGUUUAAACGAAUCAGUUAGCUGGGUUAUGAAUAAGCGCUAAUUAAAAACCAGGUAAAAUCCAAACAAAUUCAUUACCGAAUACUAUAUUCUUACAGAUGAAUCGUCUGGAUGAAUUUAUAGAAGAUUGUUUGAGGGAGCAUAACACAAAAAGACUAGCUCAUGGCGUGUGUACUUUACGACAUAGUCGCGCAUUAGACAAAACAGCACAGGACUGGGCUGAAGAAUUAAUAUCUGAAGAUGGAAUAAAAAACAGCCCACUUUCUAGUCGAGGAGAGGUCGGAGAAAGUAUUAGCGUACGAACAAGCACAGGAACUCAUGUGGACAUCCAAGGCGUUGAAGUUGUAAAUCAGUGGUAUGCUGAUGUCAAGAACUAUAGUUACGAAAAUGGAAAGGGACCUGCAGGAAACUUUACACAACUAGUGUGGAGUUCUACUCGUGAAGUCGGUUUUGGCAAAGCACGCGGUCCAGGAAAGUGUGUUGUUGUUGCACACUAUCGUCCUCCAGGAAACGUUCUAGGGAGAUAUCUGGAGAACGUUUUUCGUCCCAAAGACCUGACAAAGGAAAGUGUGCACCAAUCAAAAAGUGAUGCAUCUGUUCCCAAUGCUGAUGUUCCAAAAACAGUUAUCACUGAAACAUUGAAGGAAAAUGAUGGAAAGCUGUAUAACGUUCGAAGGGAGAUUUCAGAGUCGACCGAUGAAACAGGAAAGACGAGAAGGUGUAUCAAUGAAGUGUAUACGGAUGCUCGUGAAAAUCAAGCGAUUAUGGCAUCUGGCGAUUCACAAAAGAAUCAUUUUGUUGAUCGUAGUAAACAUCGUGAAGAGUCUGUUCAUGCUGUUGUUGAACUCCAUAAUCAAUACCGCAGUCAACAUGAAUCCAACCCCCUUGUACUUGAUCCGGAUCUUUCGGAUAUGGCUCAACAGUGGGCUGAUAAUUUACUUCAACAAACACAUUUAUCAAACAGUGGAUAUAUUUAUCAAGGCUUACGAGUUGGAGAAAAUGUGGGAAGUCGUUGGUCUAAUGGAAGGAUUGAGGAUAACUGCAAAGAAUUAAUUGAACACUGGUAUCAAGAAUCAGAAAAGUUCAAAUAUGAAACCGAACCUGACAGUAUUCAGGGUAUUGGCAAUUUUACUCAGAUUGUAUGGUCAGGUUCAAAGAGUAUUGGAGUCGGUAUCGCAAGUAGAUCGUCGUUUGAAUCAGAAGACUCAAUGAAUAGAGAUUCAAAAUUAAUUAUUGUUUGUUUGUAUUAUCCUCCGGGAAAUGUGAUUGGCCAGUUUAAAAAGAAUGUCAAAAAGGGAAUUCAAUUAAAUACUGGUGCUUAGUUUUUGAAUAUUGAAUUUGAUGUUUAAUAAAUUUUCAGAAGCAAAGAAAAGCAAACAUCUAUUUAUUAUUUAUCCUUGGAAUUACGUGCAUAAAUCAUACUGAUUUCAUAAUAUUAUUAAUACUCAUUCGUCCUUUGGUUCUCCAUAUUCCUACAGUUUCUUUCUUUCUUUCCCAGUAUGCAUAUUGUCUUCCUGUACUGCUCAGAUUAUUCUCCAUUAUAAGCAGUAAAAGUAAUUCUGAAUAUUUUGCAGCUUCCAACGAAAUAAAUUAGUACAUUCAUUGGAUAUAAACUGUUUGUUGUUCUGCCCACCAAUGUCCCUGUCUAUUCAAUUUCAUCAUACAUGUACUAAUGGACUGACUACGGAGACUCAGGGAUUGACUUGUUAACAGGGAAUAAUCCCGUUGACUCAGAAUAUGAGGACGAUGUAAUCCUGCUCCUAGGUGAAGAUUCCGACAAAAUACAGCAGAGUCGUCUGAACACCUUGAGCAGUGAGCAAUGUUCGAAUGUUCGGCAUGCGAUUCGCUCCCACCGUCAAAUGUUAAAUGAUGCUACAGGACUGCACUACAUUCACUCUUAGCCUAAAGACAGGGAGUGAAGUUAAUGAGCGUGUUGACCACUUCACUUAUUCAGGGAGUUGCACCAACCACAGCGGGUUGAUCGCUGACGAAAUCUCAGCAUGGAUACAAAAAGCUCAUUUGGCAUUUACCAAUUUGCGCCAUCUCUGGCGUAGAUGUGAUAUCCGGCUAUCGACCGAAGGAAGUGAGUGCUACUCAGCAGUUCACUCAACAGUUCUUAACCCACCUGGUACCGU